AUGUUGGAGUCACUUGUGGCCAAUAUCUUAAACAGGUUUCUGAAGAACUAUGUGUCUAACUUGAACUAUGAUCAGCUAAAGAUUGGCAUGUGGAAAGGAGAAGUAAACCUUCGAGACUUGAAACUAAGAAGGGAUGCUCUUGAUAAACUCGACCUUCCUAUCAAUGUAUCAGAAGGCUAUUUGGGUCAAUUAACACUUAUCAUUCCUUGGUCCAACUUGAGAAACGAACCUGUCAAGGUGAUAAUUGACCAUGUAUACUUGCUGGCAGAGCCUAAAAACGAAGCAACCGUUACGGUUGAAGAAGAGGAAGAGCGUGCUCAGGAAUUGAAACGCCGAAGAUUAUCGACUGUUGAAAUGCUUGAAUCACCAGAAGCACAACAUCAGUCCAAAGAGACCAGCAAAGGUGGUGAUGGAUUUUUAGCUCAACUUACUACUAAAAUAGUAGACAAUCUUCAGUUUGUGAUGAAGAAUAUUCAUAUUCGAUAUGAAGACAAGAUUUCUGAUCCAGGUCAUCCUUUUGCAGCAGGUAUUACACUCAAGGAAUUAAGCGCUUUAUCUACAGACGAUACAUGGACGCCCAAGUUUAUUAGCGAUCCUACCAGUACAAUUAACAAGGCAAGAAAGGACAGUAGAUCCCUUGCAGGCAUGCAUCAUGAAGAAGCAGCACAAGUCUUUACAGAUUUGAUUCCUACAUCUUCUAAUUCACCCAAGGAACAUCAAUAUAUUUUGAAGCCUGUUUCUGGUACAGGAAAAAUUAAACUAAACAAGAAUAUGGGUGGAGAUAUACCCAAGACAGAUGUUACUUUAUUAUUUGAUGAACUUGCUUUUGGUUUAGACGACCAUCAAUACCGAGAUACUAUCCUGAUGAUUGAUCUCUUUCAUGCUAAUCUAAAAAAGAGAAAGUAUUUGAAAUUCCAUCCAGGAAAGGGAAAGACAGCUAAAUCUCAUCCUAAAGAAUUCUUCAAGUUUGCCGGUAAUGCUGUUUUAUCUGAGAUACAUGAAAAGAAAUACAAAUGGAGUUGGGAUCAUUUCAAGACACGACGAGACCAGCGAUUGCAGUAUGUAGAGUGUUAUGUGGCAGACAAAAUGAAACAAGCAACAGAAGAGCAGACACAAGCAUUGGCGCAAUUAGAGCGUAUACUGUCUUUUGAAGACAUUCGGUUUUAUAGAAGCCUUGCAAAAUCAAAAAUUCGAAGAGAAAGAAUCAGAAUUGACAAGGAAAAUGAAAAAAAGAAGGCUGAAAAUGCUAAAGUAGGAUGGUGGGGUUGGUUGAGCGGUGCCUCAUCUACGAACAAAGAAGGAGAGACCAGUGAGGAUGAUGAUACAGAUUCUAUUCAUAUGACUGAAGAACAAAAGAAAGAGCUUUAUAAUGCGAUUGAAUAUGUUGAAGACAAGGCUAGUAUUGCUUCUGCUGUGGAUGUUCCUAAAGACACUAUUCGAUUUGCACUCAAAACGAAACUGAAUCGAGGUUCUUUUACAUUGAAACAAAAUGUCAAGAAACCAGACGAGACAAACCUUGUUUCUGUUGUAUUUGAUACAGUCACUGUGGAUGUGAUUCAGUACAUGGUGGAUUCAAUGAAAAUCGAUGCUGCAUUGGGUGAUUUACAACUCUUUGAUGGGGCCACGAAAGACACGAUGUAUCCUCAACUUAUUGGCGUUAAAAAGAAGAACAAUCGACAAUCUUCUUUGCUUGAUGUAGACAAUAAUCUAGCUGAGGCAGAAAGAAGACUUUCUGAUGCAAGAAUCAAGCUCCCUAAACCUCAAGAUCCUUUCUUUUCUGUCGUGUUUGAAAAGAAGCCUCUCAGCAACAAGGCUGAUAAUGCCAUUUCACUCAAAAUGAGGCAUUUGGAAAUCAUUUACAGUCCUGUCGUUAUCGCUGGCAUCAUCAAUUUCUUUAAACCUCCAAGUUCAAAAAUGGAGAGUGUAAAUGCAUUGAUUGUUGCUGCAGGCGAUACAUUUGAAGAUCUUAAGCUUCAGACAAGAGCCGGUUUGGAAUUUGCUCUUGAGACACAUACCACACUCGAAUUAGAUGUCGAUAUGGAUGCCCCCAUCAUUAUUAUUCCUGAAAGGCAAGUUGUACGAUUUGGUCCCUUGAUUUUGACAAGCCAAGAUUCUCCUGUGAUGAUUGUAGAUGCAGGUCAUAUUAACGUAGACAGUCAACUCGCUGACAAAGAGGUGAUCCAUGAUAUCAAGAGCAAAGAUAUCACAAAAUACAACAAACAAGACAUCAAGACGUUGGAAGAUUUGAUGUAUGACAAGUUCAAUUUACAACUGAGUCAAACCAAAGUAUUGAUUGGCAGCAAUACAAAAGAGUGUCUAUGGCAACUACACGGACAUCCUCCUCGUCAUGGUGUCGAUGCUCGAUUUAUUGAGCGCAUUGACAUGGACUUCUUGAUUGAGUUAUGUAUAUUGCCUGGAAAGACAGAGUUCACCAAGAUCAAAGUAUCAGGUCAACUUCCUUUGCUUUCAGUCAACUUGUCCGAUAGUAAAUAUAAGGUUUUGAUGAAAAUCAUUGAUUUUGUGAUCCCCAAGACAGAAGAAGGUUCUACACCUAAAAAACCUCAAUUUGGACCAGCAAACAGUAAUGUUAUUACCGAACGCUUUUGGGGCUCACAGAAUCAAGAUAUUCUGUUGCUUGAUUCAGACAGUGAUCGUGCCUCUGUGCAUAGUCAAUUGGCUUCGCCUACUGCAUCUCAGGGAGGGGUCAGUAUCUCAGCAUCCGAUGUGGAGCAGUUCAAGUUGAAUUUCCAAGUUGAUAAAGUAUUGGCACUGGUACAUGAAACAUCACCUCAGGAUCCUACUCAAGAGACACUUUUGUGUGAGGUGUUGCUUGAAAACUUUGAGCUUGCUGUGGUAACAAGACCUGACGAUCUUAUUGUUGAUGUAUCUUUGAAGGCUUUAAGCGUGAAAGACAUGACGGAACACGAAGGCGAUUUCCAUCAUUUAGUCAUUUCUGGUAUCAUUGACAGAAAACAAACAGUAGGCCAUUCAGGUGAAAAGAAACUUGUAAAUGUAAGAUACAUCAAAGCGUCCAAACAACACCCCCAGUUUGAAGAACUUUAUGAAAGAUAUGAUCAAACAGUGGACGUGGCAUUGUCUACUUUGACGGUGGUUGUGACUAGAAAAUCCAUUUUGAGAAUUUACAAUUGGAUCAUGAACACUUUUACAGGACCACCAUCAUCAUCAUCUACGUCUAUUGAGACUGGUAAAGAAGUCUAUGAGGGGGAUGUGUUUUAUGAUGACUAUCUGAAUACUGAACAACAGCCAUCAGCAUUGGAUCAUCAAACGCAAAAUAAGCUAAAGACAGCCAUCAUUAAGCCAGACACGGACGUCAAAACGGACAAUAACAACCGAAUGAAAGUAGCUAUUCAUAUGGACAGUGUCAAUUUGAUCUUAAAUAAUGAAGGACAACGUUUGGGUACAGUCGAAUUAAGAUUUGGUGAACUUUUGAUUUUGCUUGAACCAACAACGAUUGAAGUCAAUGGCAAGUUUGGCAACUUUACCCUGUCUGAUGAUACCCAAAUAUUAAGUCAAAGCAGUGCAUCAGUUCAAGGCACAACGUCUCUUGUGCCAGAUACAUACAUUAUCAGUAUUGUUGGUGAUGAAUUAGCUGAUUUCACUUACAAGACAUAUGACAGUAACUCUUCUAAGUUUCCUGGGUACAAUCAAAAGUUUGUCCUUCAUAUGGGUGCUAUUCAAAUACUUGUUACUGACUCUGUGAAACCAACGCUCAAUUUCCUACAGGAGUUCUUGGAGAUGAAGACGGUGUACGAUGCUGCUCGAAACUCUGCUAUCGAAACUGCUCAACAAUAUCAAGAAGUAAGCAGCCGAUUCCACUUCGAUAUCAAGGUCAAGAGUCCUGUUGUAAUCUUCCCAGUAGGCGAUAACAAAAAGACAGAUGCUUUGAUUGCUCAUCUUGGUGAAAUCAGAGCCAAGAACAAAUUCUCUACUGUCUUGCAGAGAGACUUGAGCCAUAUUCCAAACUCUGUUUCUGUCCCUAUGACGCAAAUCAGUUUUGGUCUUUACGACAUUAGUUUAAGGUCUUCGACUGUUGUACAUAACGUAUCUGGAGAGUCUACCAAGCAUGUUUUGCCUAUCAUUGACGACCUCAAUAUUGUAUUUCAUAUCCAAAGUCCUGAGAAUCCCAAAGAAUCCGUAUGUCCUGAUACUCAGAUUGAAGGCAACAUUUCAGAUGUUCGUAUGGCACUGACUGAAAAACAAUACAAAUCAUUGCUAAAAACAUGGAACUUUAUUCAAACCAAUUUCCUUACCACUGAACUAAAAGAAGAAGAAGAACAACAAGAAAAUGAGAUGGUCGAAAGUAUCUUGACAGACAAAAAAGCACUGACGAGCUCAUCCCGCUCGCAUGUGUCUGAAGAAACUUCAGACAUAGUUAGUAUAGCCAGCUUAGAUGCCAAAAUCACAUUGGACUUGGUGAUCAAGUUAAAUACGGUUUAUCUUGAAGUAUUAACUGGCAAAGAUGAAGAUAUUGACAAUAGGGAUCAACAUAUGCUUUCGAGAUUGGCCUUUAAUGAUAUUUCACUCAAACUACAAAAUAUGUCAAAUGAGACCAUGUUGAUGGAAGUCAAUAUGCAAUCCAUCAGUUUUGCAGAUACCAGAGCUGAAUCGAAAUCAAAGUUCAAGGAAAUUCUUCCUGCCAAUACACUUGACGGCCCUCAAUUUCAGUUCAAGAUGUGGUCCUUUAAGCAUGAAGGUAUACCUGUGAUAGAUAUGUAUAUCACAGUCGAUAGCCCCAAGAUUGUAUUGUCUUUAGACUAUCUGUUCUUACUUAAGGAUUUCUUCAUGAGUCCUUUUGUUGUGAUUGAACCUACUGAAGCACAGAAAUACGCACAAUCACAUAGCAGAAGCAUGAACAACAAACAAGCAGAAAUUAAACAACAAAAGCAAAACCAAGCGCCACCUACUGAAAUGCAUUUCAAUGUGAAUGUGGUUGACCUUCAAGUACUUUGUCUUGCAAGUCCUGAAAGAGAAUCGUCUGAAGCUGUGAUUCUCUCCUUUAACCAAUUGACAGUGGUUCAAAAGAAAGACCUUGAAGUCAACCUGAAUGGUAUUCGUAUGGUCUUGUGUCGUAUGGAUAAUGUAGAAGAAUCUACUAUGCAUUUUGUUGAAGAGUUUAGUAUGACUUUGGGUAUUGUCAAUGCAGCCACAGGUUCUGUGCAUAACCUGACAUCCAUAACACUUCAUGUUCAGCAUAUCGUUCUUCGAUUGUCUUAUCAAGAUCUCAUGUUGAUUACAACCAUUACAAACAAGGUGAUGGCACUUAUGGGAGCAUCCAAUAACAACACGGCUCCAAAACCCUCAAUAACAGACAAUGAUGCUUCCGAAAUAGACGUUCUUCCCCAAAUGCUGUCUUGGAAGAAGAGACAAACAAUCAAAACACGCCUUUGUCCGAAUCAUCAGGCCAUGGUGCUUUGUCAGUUAAGCCAAAGGUUGACUGCUUCUUUUGAAGGGUUGCAAAUCAUUUUGAUUGAAGAUUUGCAUGAUUUACCCUUUGUCGAUGUUAAUGUAAAUCCUUUUACAGUGAAUGCAUCAGACUGGUCAAGAGCUAUGAUGGCUAAUGUUGAUUUUUACUUGAAGGCCAAUAAUUUUAACUUUAAAAACUCACAUUGGGAACCUAUUAUUGAACCAUGGAACCUUUGUAUCAAAGUCUCUCAAGACUCAACUGACAAGUCAACUCAUGUUGCAUUACAAUCCAAAGACGUACUUCAAUUCAACAUUACACAUAAUUUCCUUGAAAGCCUUUUGGCUAUCUCAGAAACACUUUCUGAUAUCAAGCCUUUAGCCGAGACUGCUCAGGUUCAAGUCAAGCCUUAUUUAAUCAGAAACUUCACUGGCUAUGACUUGAGUUUCUGGAACAUGUCUGAUGAUGCAGAAAAUAUAAAUAAUAACAUUCACAAGCUAGCACACGGUGAGUCUGUAUCUUGGACCUUCCGUGAUUGGAAGAAACGUAGAGAGAGAAUCAAUCUUGGAAAGAAUUUGUUUGGCCUACAAGUAAACCAGUUUGAUUGGGAGAGUAUCCUUCAUGUGCCUGUGGAUAAAGAAGGCGAAUUUGUCUAUCGAUUGCUACCUACUGUAAAAGGUGUUGAUCAUCGUCUGAUUGUCGAUAUUCACUUGGAAAAUCAUAUCAAAUAUGUCACUUUUAGAAGUGGCCUUAUACUGGAAAAUACUUGUUCUGAUGUGAUUCAACUAGCUGUUGUAAACAAAGACCGUCAAAUGCAGUCCGACAUUAUCACUUUGAGUGCUGGAGAGAUCUAUCAUGUGCCUAUUGCACUUGCCUAUGGCUAUUGGGUUGUAGUCAGACCCUCUAAUCAAUACGAAUGGAGCAAACAAAUGUUAAUAUGGUCUGAUGUCUUGCUUCCUAGGUCAUUCAAAUCCGUUCAAUGUUCCUCUCUAGACAAUGCAAUGGCAUCCUACAAUUAUCAGAUCAAUGCUGUGUUUGACAGAACCAACCCUCUUGUAAAGCGAUAUCCUAUGAUGAAAAUCCAAGUAUGUCCUUCCGUUCAGGUUGAAAACUUGCUACCUUUUGAUUUUGAUUUGACCUUGAUUGAAGAAACUACAGGUGAAAAAGUAGCUGCCUUUGUUGGAAAAGGAAAAACAGCCCAUUUGUACACUAUCAAGAAUGAUGCCACUAUUAUGAUUCAACUCGAUUUGAAGUCAGAUCGAUACAAUGGAAGUGAAACAACCAUUAUCAGGACUACACCCAAUUACUCAGCUAUAGGUGAAGCCUUGGUGAUUCGAGACCAUAACAAUGUACCUACGAACCUUCGAAUGAACAUUACUCGAUCCACAAACACAACAGACAGUUUAAGUAUUAGUAUCUUUGCUCCUUAUCUGAUCUUAAACAAAUCUGGGUUACCUAUUAGUCUUCGACAACGUCAAAACUAUCGUCAAAACAAUGCCACUGUCGAAAACAUUCCUGCUUAUAAAGAAGGACAAGUGAUUGUGCCUACUAUUUUCUCUUAUCCUGAAUUCAAUCAUCAUAACCGUGCUCAAAUCUCAAUCAAUGAAUCCAAAUGGAGUGAUCCUAUCAGUUUCGAAGCUGUAGGUAACAGUCAAGAUGUCACUUUACUCUCAAAAUCUGAUACUUAUGCAAGACAUGCUGGUAUCAAAGUAGAAGAAGGUGUGGGUAUUUUGCGUCUUACAAAGAUCGUGACCAUCACACCUCGCUACAUUCUAAAAAACAAUACUGGCCUUAAGCUUAACUUGUGUGAAUUUGGAGCAGACGAAACAAUCACAAUAGAUCCAGAACAAAAACUUGCCCUUUAUCAAACCACCAAAUCACACGUUCGAUGGCUUUGUAUUAAACUUCAAGAACUUCAAGACCAUUGGUCAUCACCUUUUGAUAUUCAUGAAAUUGGUAAAAUCUUUGUCAAACUGGACAAGGGAAAUGGCACCAUACCUUAUCUGAUCAGAGUAUCCACCCAUAUCAAAGAAUCAAGUAUCUAUGUCACAUUUAGUCAAGACGAAGACUGGCCUUACUAUAUUGUCAACAAAUCUAGCGUCGAUAUUCGCUUCAGACAAGAAAACAUUCACCCAGAAGACUAUGACUUGAAAGAUCGUCAAAAGAAAGCUUUCCAAGAACCUCGUUUGUUCACUUUAUCACCUGGAGAAAAGCACAAGUAUUCUUGGGAUAUCCCCAUUGCUAAAGAAAAACGACUUGAAUUGCUUGUCGGUAAUCGUCAUCGUAGUAUCAACUUUCAAGCCAUUGGUGCACAGGUACCUUUCCGUUACAUGAAGCAACGUGAUGGUCCUGUUGGUAGCAAUACACUUUCCAUUGAUAUUAUUGCAGAUGAUUCUGCUUUGGUUUUACUAUUGACUGAUUUUGAUCUUUCAAGAAGUUUGUAUCGUCCCAAGUCUUCAGGUACCUCUACAUUGGCUUCAACCUCUAGAGAAGGAAGUGUGCGUGAUUCGUUUGAGACAAUCAAUAUCCAACAUAUUAUCAAUUAUGUGUUCGAGUUUAAUUUGGCUGGUUUUGGUAUCUCAGUGAUUAAUCGACAUGCUCAGGAAUUGGCUUAUGCAACUAUGAAAGGAUUAGAUUUCAAAUACACUGAUUCCAAUAUGUAUCAAUCCAUUCGGUUGAGUCUUCAAUGGCUACAGAUUGAUAAUCAACUGUAUGGUUCUACUUAUCCUAUUUUGUGCUAUCCAACAACGCUUCCUAAAGUGUCUCAUGAACUCUCAACCCAUCCCACUCUUCAUGUCGCGUUGGAUAAAGUCAAAGAUGACAGGCAUGGUGUUUUAUACUUUAAGCUUUUUUCAGUUCUUCUUCAAGAAAUGUCGUUUGAAAUCGAUGAAGACUUUUUAUAUGCCUUAUUAGAUUUUGCACAAUUAGAUAUGAAAUUGAAGCGUACUGAAGAUGAAACCAAUAUGUUUAUCAUGAAGAUUGAAGAGCCUGUCGUUGAAAAAGAAGAAGCUCUUUACUAUUUCGAGGAAUUUUGUAUUCAGCCCAUGAGAUUAAAUCUGUCUUUUGUAAGGACAGACAAUGUGGAUGCAACAAACUCAAAUGCAUCUACUGGAAGUUCUCCUAUGGGCUAUGUGUUCAAUGUCUUUACCAUGACACUUGGUAACAUCAACGAUGCUCCUGUCAAAUUAAAUGCAUUGAUUGUCGACAAUCUUCGAGCAAGUUCAGAAGAUCUUACUGCUCGCAUCAUGCUCCAUUACAAAGACCAGAUUGUUUAUCAGAUUCAUCGGGUACUGGGCAGUAUUGAUAUUCUUGGUAAUCCUGUAGGUCUCUUCAAUACCCUUAGUUCUGGUUUUGGCGAAUUGUUUUAUGAGCCAUAUCAAGGUUUUAUUAUGAGUGAUAGACCUCAAGAUUUGGGUAUUGGUAUAGCCAAGGGCGUAGGAGGAUUCAUGAAAAAGAGUGUGUUUGGUAUUACCGAUAGUAUGAGUCGAUUUACUGGAAGUUUGGGUAAAGGUAUUUCUGCCGCCACCAUGGAUAAAAAAUUCCAAGACAGACGUCGUAUGAACAUGACAAGAAAUAAACCUACGCAUGCUAUUUAUGGUGUCACGCAAGGUGUAGGUUACUUUGGUACUAGUGUAGCAAGUGGUGUUGCUGGUCUUGUGAAACGUCCUAUUGAAGGCGCAGAAUCUGGCGGUGUUGUAGGAUUCGUUGGAGGUGUCGGCAAAGGUCUUGUUGGUGCAUUUACAAAACCUGUCGUUGGCUUUUUGGACAUGGCUAGUAAUAUUACAGCAGGUAUUCGUGAGACAACCACUGUCUUUGAAGGAGGUGAUUUAAAGCGUGAGCGACUUCCCCGUUUUACAGGCAGAGAUGGCAUUGUUACUUCUUAUUCACAAAGAGAAGCCCUGGGUCAAAUGUGGCUCAAGGAAUUGGAAAGUGGUAAAUUUUUCCACGAAACCUAUAUUGCUCAUAGCAUUGUUGACAAUGAUGAAACGAUUGCUAUCUUGACAUACACUCGUAUUCUCAUCGUUCGUUCAGACAAUUUGAAAUUGGAUUAUGCUAUUCCUUUAGACACUGUUGAGUCCGUUAAUUCUGGACCCGAUGGUGUUUGUUUGCGUCUGAAGAAGGUAACUCGCGUACUCUGUAUUGAAGAACAAACCAGUCGAGAAUGGUUUGCAAAAAUCAUUCAAGAAACCUUAGCACAAAGAAAAGAAGAAAGUGAAAGACAAUAA